AUGGCCCACUCAGAUAAAGAAAACAUUAAGUGUCUUCGCUCGCACUCCCCAGACUCAGAGACCAUCACUGGAGAGACAACAACAGAUGUCAAAAGGCCCAAACGGGAACUCAUCCGUUGCAUCCCAUUGGAGGAAAUCGAGAAGCGGCUGCAAAAUUCUUCCAACCAGGCUGCCAGUGCGCACUCCGGUCUCGGUGUCUUCAACGACAUUCAUCAGACCCCCAUCCCCCCCUCCAUUUCACCAAAGACUCCUGCACCUCCCUACCGGCGCCAAAAUCCAGCACCCGUCGUGGUCUCUCAAAAUUACAUGCACAGGAUUGUUGAACAGUGGUGGGAUGCCGAAGUGAGGUAUUGCAAAGCGGCUCGCAAAGCACAACUGUUAGAGGUCGAACUUGCUGCACACGAUAUAAUCAAACUUGUAUGA